AUGCCCCACUCAAAUACCGAGGAGACCAAGCAUCCCGGCGCAGGGACCCUCUACGUCUACUCGGCCACCUCCACCAGAGGUAUCAGCCCUGCCAAAAGCACCAGGAGGGGUGUAUCGCCCUUUGCUGUGCCGACUGUCCCCAAGCGGUGGGAGGAUGUCCCGAGUGCCAAAGAAGAGCCUGCCAUUGUGGCCACUCUCGACAGUCUGCUGCGGCAUGGCAUUGCCGAGUAUACAUAUGUCCCGCACUCCCUGACAGGUGUCCUGGGGCGUGGCAAAUUCAGCACCGUAUACAAGGUCACCGGAGCUGAUGGCAAACAACACGCCCUCAAACACACCCCUCUGUAUCCCCAUCAUCCUCUCAUCGCUGCAAGGUUGCUCCGAGAGCCCAACCUUCUCGCAGAACUACCCAGGCAUCCCUGUCUCAUAGGCGUCAAUGGGUGGAUACGCACACCGGGGCAUUUCUAUCUCGUCGGCAAAACAAUACGUGGAUGGCCGUCUCCCUCUUUCCUCUCACCCUUUACCUCUAUCACCGUCCAGAGCGGCAUACAUCCUAGACCAGCUCGUAUCAUGUGGGAUAAUGUGCUGGUGAAUGUCGAUACUGGUGAUGUAGUCAUCCUAGUAGAUCUCGGUUUGGCGACCCGUUUCUCGAUGAGUCAACCAAAAUUGACUACCUGCUGUGGCUCUCCCGCCUUCCACCCCCCGGAGAUCGUUCUCGCCCUAGCUCGCCCACCCGGCGAAGUGACCUACUACGGCCCCGAACUCGACAUUUGGUAUAUAGCCCUCACCCUCCUCUCUCUACUGCUCCAAGUCCGCUUCCCUCUCGGGCCAAAACAUGUGUCUACCCAUAUCAUGCGCGAACGCGCCAUGGACCGUUUACAAGAACUCGACGAGCUCUACCCGCCUCAUUCGCCUUGGCGCCUCAAAUCGUCUCGGUCGUCGAGGAUUGUGGGUGAUGGGAUGAGCGGGAUGAGUGGCCAGGAUGUGGAUUUGGACUUUGAAAAAAGAGAGUGGAAAAGGGUGAGGAAGGCUAUGGAGGAUUUCUUGGAGAUGGAUGGGGUGAGGAGGAUGAAAAAGUUUCGGGCGUACGAGAUCGGGGAAGCGACAAGGCAAAAGGUGGCAGCCUUUGAAGGCGAUCAAGAGGACAAGAAGUUCAAACAAAUCAGCUUCGAGCCUGCAGACGUCAAGUAUACUCUGCCGAUAUAUGUGGAUGAGGACGCCAAGAAGAAGCCUUCGGAGGUGAUCACCCUGCGGAACCCUGUGGGUGAGAGUCAUCGACGAGUUAAGAGCUACAUCAAGUACCUAUUGCGCUCCGCUGGUAUCCUCUACCACGUCCUGCCCUCUCCCUCGUCUCUACCCGACACCCAACCCUCUCCCGGCUCUUCAAUCGAUUCGCUUGAGCAGCCCUGUAUCCUUCAACUCGUUGUCUCGAUACCAGACUCGGCGACCAUCGAGCCUGACCCAUCGCCGUCACCAGGCUGGUUGCCCUCCAUACUCAGCAACUUUAAACGUUCUUCUACCCCGCCCGGCAACCCAAACACCAGAUCUGUAUCCGUGCCUCCGGCCAAGGGCAAAUCUCACUCUCCCUCGCCCGCUCCCUUAGGCAGCCAAGGCGGCUCCAAUGGCGGGUCAAAGAAGGACAGGGCGUUGAGAUGUUAUAUACGCCUCGAGUUUGAAGAUGCCCCUGCUCCGGCAGAGGUCUAUCGUCGAGGCUCAGCAGAGACAUUCACGUCUAUGCGAGACUCGCUCGGCUUGACAGCUCUCCAUCAGAAUCAAACCUCGUCAUCAACGUCCACCACUAUGUCCAUAACCCCGACGCAGUCCCCUCACCCUCCCCACCCCCAACGCUCCGUCUCUGCCUCCCGCACGACCUCUCAACGACCCCACCCUCGUCGAGCAGCGUCCGCAAUCCCCAAUACAUCUACUCCCCGGCUCUCCAUAUCCACCCAAGGGGGUAUGCCAGCACACAAGGCUACACUCCACAAUCCCGCAAUGAUGCCUCCCCCGUCCCCUCUCAGCCGCGAAGUCAGCCUCGCAGGAUCGCCUACUGAAUCUGAUCCUGCCCAGAGUCGUUCCCAGAGCUGUGCACCCAGUCGAGCAUCUUCGCGAUCCCGCAAACAAAGUGUAGCGAGGUCGAGCUUGCUCCUCCAGCACGGUGCUUAUGGCUCAAACCAGCACCCUUCCAGACAAUCCAGCCUCGACUCCAAGAUCCAUAUCCACCUCUCCGACACUCGCGCCUACGCUGUCUUGCUGAAAGCGCUCGAUGUGACGCCCGAUGUCGGGGUGGGUAUGCACCACGGGUAUGGCGAUCCUUCGCUUUCGCCCAUGACGAUCCGCCGCCCGAGCUUGGCGCCUAGUAUGGCGGAGGGAGCAGAGAUGGUGACCGAAGAGGAUGAAGAGCCGCAGAGGGGGAGGGCAAGGAGCAAAGAAGACGGAAGUUCGUUGCUGUCGAUGCAUACCACACGGGGAGAGGCGAAUGGGGGAAGGCAUGGGGUCAAGGGCAAGCCGGCACCGGCAGCCUUGUCGCCUGCAAAAUCGGUGGUGAAGUUGCCAUUGACAAACUCGGAGGUGGUGGAUGCCAUGACGCCAGUAGAAGUCCUUCUAGACGAGCAUGGGCGAGAUCGCGACGAGGUUGUGGAAAUGGAGAAAAAGCAGAGGGACCAAAGUAGGGGGCGACAGAGAGGAUUGCUCGAUGUGUUGUUUGGGAGGUCCGAGGGAAGAGGCGCAAGGUCGUCGAGUGUACCGGCGACCUUUGCUGGGGAGCCAGUCGGCCUUCCUGUGUGA